AUGCCUCCAGUCGACCCAACAGCACACGUCAUGGACUAUCCCGCCCUCGACCUUGGCCACAAGCAUGCGUCGCGAACAACUCUUGCGCUUGUUGACCUCGACGUGCAUAUCUGGGGUCUCGAUGAGAUUGCCGGCAGCAACCUGCCUGUCGGGGUAGUGAUCCUCGGUCGCGUCGCCCAGCUCGACAUGGUGUCGAGGAGCUCGAUGAUCUCUUCUUUGACUGUCCUCCCGGCACAUCUCUCCCCGAUCAAGCAGGGCAUAGCGUGCAACGCGUUCCCCGGCCUGCAAAAGAUCCGGCACACGGCGUCAAUGCUGCUCAGCGACUUUGACGGGACCAGUGCACCGCCUGGUGACGCGGACGAGGCGAGCAGGAGGAGCUUAUAG